AUGUUUGGCAGCAGUCGAUCGGGGGGCCAAGGCGAUGAGUUCCAGUACCGGGGCGUCCAGAGAAGGUCGGACAACCGGUACAGAGCGGUGAUAAAAGGCGUGGAGGAGAAGGGAAAGAAGAAUCACCUCGGGACCUUCGACACGGCCGAGGAAGCCGCCAUGGCCUACGACUACGCGGCUCGCUCCCUGCACGGCUCCAAGGCCUACACGAACUUCGUCUAUCCUGACGGCAGGCAGCGCGGUUCCCUCACCAACAUCCCCGCCCCCGAAGAGCCCGAGUAUGAGCUCUCGCCGCAACACCCCCCGCCCCCGCCGCCGGAUACAACUACCAUCAGGGCUACUACGGGCAGGGCCAGGGGCAGGCUUCGGGGUUCGGGCAGUGUUUUCAAUAUUGUAUUUUUCGUGAUACGUGGCACCUCGGCGGUGGGAUACGGAGGCGGGUAUAUGGCGCCUCCACCUCCGGGGCCGGGAAGUAGCUACUCCGGCGGCGGAGGGUAUGGGUAUGGGUAUGGGUAUGGUUAUGGUUAUGGUUAUGGGAAUGGGAAUGGAUGGUAG